CUUGGCAUUACUGUGUGUUUUAGGAUAACAGCUUGUUCCAGGAAAACAAAGUUCACCCUGAAACAGUUAGGCACAAACUGCAGUGUAUGUUGACUAUGCUUUAGGUGAUUAAAAUAAUCGUAAGGCAGAGUGAUGACCUUUGCUGAGUUCGUUCUCAUCUUGACAGUUGCCCUUGGACAGGGUUAUGGAGCCGUGGCCAAAGAAAAGGUGUGGCCACUGGAUAUGGCCGAGAAUUCUGUUGAUGAUCAAUAUGAUGGCUGCCAAGAGGAAAUGACACACUUAGUACAGGACACGUAUCUGGAGAAAGAAUUGAAAAAGACAGCAAACCUAAAGACAGCUUGGCGUGAGGCAGAGAAAUAUUGUGACAACAACCCUGGAAAUCACCUGACGAGGAACCACUGCAUUGCCAUAUAUAUUUACACAUAUGAUGAAUUUCAACAACGACUAUAUGAACUUUUCAAUAAUGCUACUCGUACUGGCAGAGGAAACUACAUUAACAUGACAUAUCAGUGGUAUUCUUUUCACUUUUUGUUGACAGAUGCAUUACAGCAUCUGACAAAAACACAAGAGUCUCCUAUAUUACAAGUCUUUCGUGGUACAAAAUUGAAAUUUGAAGAAAAUGUUGAAAACAAAAAGAUUCGUUUUGGAUCAUUCACAUCCACUUCCUUAAGCAAGGAGCCGGCAAAGAAAUUUGGAAUCAAGUCUUGUUUUGAAAUCAUGACAUGCCAUGGUGUAGAAAUCAAAGAAUAUUCCUCCUAUCCAGAGCAGAGAGAGGUUUUAAUUCCUCCAUAUGAGACGUUCAGUGUUACGGCUGUCUUGACCAGGACAACCAAUCCUAGUCUUUGGUGUGACACUGUGUAUGUGCUGAACAGUGCAGGAGUCCACAGUAACAUGAACUGUCAAGUGGUGAAUUUGUCAUCUCAGAUGUAUAUUGUAUGUCUGGCUCUAUUGGUGACCAGUGCCUGCGUCACCACUUUUAUUCUUUUAUUCUUUCUUAUAAGAAAAUGUAAAAAAACUGAAAGGGCUUACUGAUCAUCUAUCACAUGUGGGCCAUUCCACCUCAGUUCAACCAGGACCCACGCACUUGCCUCUCAAAAAACUCUGAAAAAAAUACUGUGUGUCUAUAGGACACCCUUUGUAUUUUUCUAUGCUAAGAUCAAUACUUUUAUGGGGGGAGGGGGGACUGGGCAAUUGGUCAGGAUAGAAGGGAAAAUGGAUGCUGCCAAGUACACCCACUGUAAGACCUUCCAACACAACAAUGAUCCUAAACAUACUACCAAAAGAACAAAGCAGUGGCUUAAGGAUAGGAAGGUGAAUGUCCUUGAGAGGCCAAGUCAGAGCCCUGACUUAAAUCCUAUAGAAAAUCUCUGGAUUGACUUGAAGAGAGCAGUUCAUCACCGUUUCCAACAUAAUUUGACUGAAUUUGAAAAUUUUUGCAAGGAGGAUUGGGCAAGUAUUCCCCAAUCUAGGAGUGCAGAGUUAAUAGAGACAUAUCUAAACAGAUUGAUGGCUGUAAUUAAAGCAAAAGGAAGCUCUACAAAAUAUUAAAUCAGGUAUGAUGACUUUUCCAACCCUGUUAUUCAAGUUUUUUUUUUUUUUUUUAAAUAAAUAAAUAAAAAAUCAUUU